AGAUAGGGGACCAGAUUUGUCUAUCCCUCAUGCGUAAUAGAGUGACUAGCAGAAUUAGUAUUUCAAGCAAAUGUCAAAAAUGAUAUCAAUGUUAGAAAAUCGUUCAAGUACUGUACCUGCUUUUCUGAAUAAGCUGUGUACCCUCUUGGACGACGAAACAACCGAUGACAUGAUCUGCUGGGAUGCGAGUGGCAAAAGCUUUCACCUGUUAGAUCAGAAUCGAUUCGCCAAGGACAUCUUACCUAUGUAUUUCAAAACUUCCAACAUUGCAAGUUUCAUUCGUCAAUUAAACAUGUAUGGAUUUAAAAAAGUUGUUCACAUGAACUCGGGAAUAAAAUAUGAAAAAGAAGAUGUAGAAUUUCAGCAUCCUCAUUUUAUUAGAGGAAAAGAGGAACUACUGGAAUUAAUUAAAAGAAAGGGCGUACAACCAAAAUUUGAAGAAGUUGGACGACCUCGAGAAAGUGAAGAUUAUAGCAAAAUUUGUCAAAAUGUCAAAAAUUUGGCAAAGAAACAUGAAGUCGUUUCAAACCAAUUUGAUUCAAUUAAACGAGAGAAUGUCGCUCUCUGGAGAGAAGUUGCUAUUCUCCGACAGAAGCAUAAGGUUCAGCAAGAAAUUUUGAAUAACGUAAUACGAUUUCUCCUAUCAAUGGUUGGCAAAAGACAGAUGCCAUCAACGAAACGCAAAAUACCUAUGCUUACUGGGCCAACAACUCCUGCUAAGCAGGCAAGAUACGAAAUAAAAACUGAUUCUGUUCCUAUAAAUAUACCUCAGACUGAGGGUGAAGCAACUAUUCACGAUUUGCCUUCCACGAAUGAUUCUGGUAACAGCAGCCUUGCUGAUUUAUUCUCUUCAGUUGAAAGCGAAGCACCAAUUAACGACGAAAAAGUGACGAAACCUGAACAAACUAUACGACCUGUAAUUGAUAAAAACGAUAUCUACCAAAAUAUGGAUCUCAUUCAGAGCGAUAUGGAUAUUUUUAAAGACUUGCUUUCAAACUCUUCUCUUCCAUUUAACGGUGAUCAACUCGAAGACUUCUUCCCAGUAGAUCCUUUAGCAGUCUCUGCUGUUGAAGAUAAUGAGGAAGAGCCUUUAGCUUUAUAUCAAACGGACUCAUCAGGAAAUGACAAAGAAAUAGAUGGAAGCUUGAUACAACCAUACAAUGGUUUUCCAGAAUUGAACGAUCUAUUAGAUACCGCUGAAAGUAAUGAAUUGAAUGAUAUCUUUAACUCGGAAGUGUAUGUACCAAAGAUACCUGACGGUGAAACGUCAGAUCCUCCCACUGAACAAGUAGAUUGA